AUGAUUUCUAACGAUGGGUUGCGCUCCUAGCUUCCCUUGCGAGUAUAGACCUAUUGCUUACGAGCCGCAGUAUAGAUUCACCGAUACAGGUUUGUACGUGGACUCUCAGAGAAGGGUUAGCAGUCAGACGUCGUUCUUUCAUUUACUGCACACGAAGUACUGGGAAAAUUACAUUAACGAGAGAAAGAGAAGAAAUGAAGCAAAAUCUAAAUUUCGAGACACUAGAGAGUUGCACGUUGCGUUUCCGAUGUGGAGUGAAGAAGAGCUGCUUCAGUUUAGGAUACGAUUUCAGUUGCUUGAUUGGAAUGGCGACGGCCUGGUAGACGACCACGACGUCAACCACCUUUUGGAUGAACUCGGGUAUACUGGAACGGCAGAAGAGCGAAACAGAUAUUUUGGGUUUGAUCCGGAUGGAUCAGACAGCAUUGAUUUUGUCACGUUUCUUCAGAUAAUUCAGCGUGUACAAACUGGUACCAUGUCAGCUGACUGGGGCUUGGGAGCCUUAUGCUCAAGGAAUAUAGAAGACAAUGUGCAACAGGUUCAAAGAUUGAGUGUAUUAGAACAGAUGGCGGCAGGAGUCUUUUAGCUAUGCUUGCCACGAACUAUUAAUUCUAACCUGCAGCUAGAGUUAUAUUCUAUUGAGUCAGGCAGGUUUAUUAGUUUGUGAUAUAUUUAAUGUGUAACAAUGUGUGAUGCAUAUAGGAAGUUGUGUUGUCUGGUCACUAGAUACAUUAAUUGUUAGGAACGAAAGUAGUCUCAAUUAUAAGUCAUCUGUCU